AUUUUCUUGCCCGCAUCUCGCAUCUGUUUUGUGUUCACAACACGGUGUUCACUUGUGCUUAGAAACAUUAAAACACGCGUGUUUUUUUUGUGCUGUGCAGAACAAAAUUUACUAAAUAUUGUGAUAAGUUUUUGUGCUUUAUUUGACUUUUACAAGUGACUAAAAAUGGCUACUUCGCUGCAGGAGCAAUUGAGGCGCCUGGCUGUGCCUCAGACUGUGGCAUUGUCCGAUUCGCGCUCUAAAGCCUCGGUGCUGUUUGAUCGCAAGGAAGCUGGCACAAAAACGAGGCGAACCAUCUUUGAAAUCGGGUUAUCCGGAUUGCAGGAGCUCACCGCAAUCAACCCCACUUUUCAGUCGUUUGAAGCUACACUCUUCAAUGAAUCCACCAUCGAAUUGGAGCGCUCUGUUGAGAAGGACGAAGUUAAUACGUUGCUGGACCGCAACAUCAAUAAAUUCCUACGGCAUCUCUCACCGUAUUUCUUGUUGCGCUCAACGCUCAUGUGCUUAGAGUGGCUUAUACGACGUUUUCACAUACAAGAAUAUAAUCGCAGUGCUCUAUUGGCCUUAGCAUUGCCAUAUCAUGAAACCAAUUCCUUUAUAUUGGUACUUCAAGUAAUACGACUCAAGAAACCAGACCCAGAAUGGGAAUGGUUGCGUCCUUUGCAAAAACCUGGUGUACCAGUGCCAAAAUCUGUGCUGCUGAAUCGGGCGGCGACCGAUGUGGCUUUUCUUAAAUUUGUUUGUCAAUCUACAAUGGAUGCUGUUAAGGAGUUGGACACACGCGCUAGCUCGCUACAAACUCAAUUCAGCUUUUAUGCCUCUGUUGUCGUAGGCGCCUUAGAGCAUGCUCCUGUGGUCGAAGAAUGGCAUAUUAUCGCCGUACUACCAUCGUUGCUGAGAGGUUUGCAGUCGGACGUGUUGGAUUAUGCUGCAGCUGCUUACAUUGUUACCACACAGUUGCUGGCACGCACACAGGUUACACCCAAAUUGUGUUCCGCUUUUUUGGAACGCGCAGCUGCUGUGUCACUUGAACGCUUACGCGCAACAGCAGUCUUAUUUCUGGUUUUCCUCUUCGACAAACAAAAGAAGGCAAACCCCCAUUUUAGUGAAACCACUUUGAUGAACUUGGCUACGGAGAAGUGGUUCACCAUAACCUUGGCAAAUUUGGCUAAGGAAAAUGUUUAUGUACAUGCGAUUUAUGUGUCACUGCUGCGAGAUUCCUUAAAAGCCAUACAAAAUGGGCAUGCAGAGUCGGACACCUUAAAAGAAUUUCUUAAGCGUUUGCUAGAUGAAGUGGUACUGCAGAAUGAUUCGGCGCAAGAGGUUAUAAAUGCCUUCCUUAAAUCCUAUAAAGCGGAAUCGAAAUAUUUACCGGCUACAGACUCACAGGAUUGCGAAAUGAUUGAGCUGAGUUCGGAUGAUGAUGGAAGUAGCAGCAGCUUUCAAUCCUGGUAUUCAGAUUACCUGCGAAAACUGGAGCGAAAAUACCCAGUGGCUUUUGAUCUUACAAUAAAGGAGGUCUUAAGCGCCAAGUCUGAGGAAUUACCAAGCCACAGCAAGGCACUUCAACUGGCUUUAGGGUUCCGCUUGAAAACCUUUGACUCAAAUGCCACGAACGUGUACGAACAAAUGUAUCACCACACCGCCAAAAUACGCGCCUUUGCCGUUCAAACACUACUAAGCAAUUUGCAAGAUUACCGCGCGCGUCCACAAAAUAUGCAAUUGCUGCGCGAAUGUGUAGCCGAUCGUAUUGCCGAUGACAGCGAAUUGGUUGUAACGGAAAUAUUGAAAUUGCCUACGAAAGACUUCGUGGAAGUAUUGGGAACUGAUAAAGUAGUUGAAGCUUUAAUUAACAUUUUACACAAAGUGCAGCAGGAUAAAGAGCACUGGGCACCACUCAGAACGUUUACAGUACGCCACUUAACGAGCGCAGAAGUUUUGGAAGGCUACGAUACAAACAUUAUACUACUGGCUCUAAUGCCGAUUCUCUUUCCGGAUGAAAAUGACGAUAAGACAUUUGAGGCCUUAACUGAAAUACUAAAAAGUCCAUUGUGUGAGAAAAUUGGCUUCUUAAAAGAGCUUAAGCUGCCAAAAAAAAGUGAAGCUUUCAACGCUGCAGAAUUCAAAAAGCAAUUUCUCAUCGUAAUAUCCAAGUCACAAGCAACGCCAAGAGGUUUAAGUCUCUUUCGCAGCAUUGAAUCGUACGGUGAACGCAUAUUUACCAGUGCAUUGCAGUUUGCACAUUUUCUGAUGUUAGCAACAGCUUGUCUCAAACACGAAUUGAGCAGUGCCGAAGCAGAAUAUAUAUUUUCGCAAAUCCGCGUGCACUAUCGCCGUUUCAAUGUGCGCCAACUCGAAAGUAAACAAUGGCAUUUGGUCAAGAAGCGCCAAUGCAUACCAUUGCAACUUUUCUCCGAUUUUAUCGCUGCUUUAGCACGUAACACACACUUCGAGCAUCUCAUGGAAUGGGAACAGAUACACGCUGAUUUACGCACAUUUUUUGGCAUUUUCAAUCUGCUCGCCGAGGAAGGCUUCAAUCAGCGCAAUGCGAACCAGCAAAUGGAAUGGUUGAAAACACUAAAAGAAGUAUUCGACAGCAUCUUUGGUAGCGCACAACAGAAGUUGGAGUUUCUCAGCAACUUUUACGUAUAUGAAAGUAAUACCGCCGUUGGUGAAGAUUAUCCGCUGCUGCGUUUACGUGCCUUUAAACUAACGAAUGCCUUGUUGAAGAACAAAAAUAAUAAACUGACGCUAAACAGCUCGCACGUAUAUCGCAUCGCCACCGCAUUGACUGCCGUCUCGGAGACUACGCGUCUGCAGGCGCUUGAAACACUGCAAGCACUACGAGACAGCGCCGAUUUGAGUCCACAUCUGGUGCACUUUGUCGACAGCAUACUGGCGCGCAGCUACGAGCUUGGCAUGGAUCACGAGCAAUUUCCGCUCAUACUGUACACCAUACUCAAGCCAACGCAAAAAAAGCAGCAGCCGCAAAGCCUCAAAGUGUUGCGUGAAAUUGUGCAGUUAGUCACUGCUGAAGAUGCGCUCAAACAUGCUGGCUUCACAGCGCAGGUGCUGAAAACCUUGAAGCACAUAAAUGACUCAAAAUUAUUGGCCGACUUGAUACCUUUGGGGGCGCGAGCUUUGAAAGAGGCGCGCAACGAGGAUGCGCUGCUAAUGUUGCCUGAACCGUACAGCACUAUUCUCCAACUUAUUUGCGAUCGCUUUGAGUGUCAAACUAUUGAAGCUGUCUUGGUGGACCAGCCGGACGCUUGGCAGUUCAUUGAGCAGCUUUUUGCAGCGCACAAGGUGUUUGUGCCGCAUGGCGACAAGUUGCGCGCGGUUCCGUGCGUGCUGCUCGAGGUGCUGGACGAUUACAUUUACGAGAGAUUACCGCAAAAUUACAAAAUUGAAUUGGUGAAAUUGAUUGUGAAGACGAUGGCCGCAUCUAACAAUGAUGCCGUUUUUCUUAGCGCCAAUAAAUUGUUGAAAAAAUGUACCCUGCAUUGUGCGCCACUCGUCGAAAUAUUGGUGCAAAUGUGUCGCAUCGAUGCGGCAGCCGAUACAAAUGCCAAGCGUAAAUCGCUCGCUACGCCGGUCGGCAAGCGCGAUCACAAAGCGCCCAACAACUUGGUGGCGCAGGUGUGCACCGUUGCAUGGAAGCAAGGUGUCGCGCUGUUGGAAUUGCUUGAGUAUAAAAAGAAGCUCGCUGAGGCCGAGCAACUAUUGCCGCCACUUUUCGAUUUAUUGCGCUUCUGUUUGGAGCUGGAGGAUCAAACUGUGGUGGAGUAUACGAAGCAAUUGACACUUUCCACUAUUCUGCAUUGUUGUCAACUCGCGCAGACUGCCGGCAUCAAGCUGGACAAGGUGUUGCCGAAGUCGACCUUCCGCAUUGAUUUGAUCGUGCAAUGUGUGCGCGGCGCACAAAACCCGCAAACACAGAAUAACGCUUUGUUGCUGUUGUCACACUGUGCAGCGCUCUUCCCGCAGCAAGUGCUCCAUAGUGUUGUAGAUGUAUUCACAUUCAUGGGUUCGUCGGUAGUGCGUCACGAUGACGCAUUCAGCUUCCACAUCAUAAAUAAUGUCAUCGAAUCGAUCGUGCCAAUAUUGGUGCAUUCACAAGAGAGUUCAGCAGGCGGCGAAAGCAAUACGGCUGCGCUUGUCAUACCCGUGCUGAAGGUGUUCUCCGAUAUACUGUUGGAUGUGCCAGAGCACCGUCGCUUGCCGUUGUACAGCAAGCUGCUGCUUACACUCGGUGCCGAGCGGUAUCUCUGGGUUUUCCUCUGCAUUGUCUUCGAAGCGCACAUUUUGGAAGAUGAGAAGCAAAGGCUGCUGCAGCGCAAGCAUAAAAAUGCCAAAUCCACAACACCAGCCGCAGCCGCUGAGAAAUUCUCCAAACGCUUGGAAAUCUGCUUGGAGUUGACCAACACGUUGGACCCACAAAUCACGCUGGUUACCUGCAUAGAACUACUUGGUUAUAUCAAAUCGUUGCCGUUUGACACGGAUGAUGGCAAAAAUAGCAAAGGUGCAGGCAAGAAGUUGCCGCUAGCUAUCGAUGCGGCUGAAAUGAGUCUAUUCGAUGUGAAGUGUCGCACCUCUAAGCAGCUGCGUCACUACAAAUACGUCAUCAUGCAGUUUCUUUCGGGCAUUUCCAAUUCAAGUGAGUUUUUGCGCAAGAUUGCGCUUUUAACCGAAGACGAGCAGUUGGCCAUAAAACCGUACUAUCAGAAUUUCAUCAUAAAAACGCUCUCGUACGUGCCCGUUGUAAAUUCAGCCAUAGAAAUGGCGGAGGAAACGUCACAAUCAAAAUUCUGGAAGGUUAUUUUGCACCAUCUGCACGACGUGCUGGACAAUGCCAUCUCACUGCUGUCACCCGACAUGUUUCUCGUCGUCGUACACGGCCUCAUGCAACACCAACUGCUUAGCAUACGCAAAAAAGUGAUUGAAUUAUUGAUUAGCAAACUCCAGCAGCGGGAUGACUAUUUCGAUAAUAGUGAUCCACAAAAUUUCUACAACCUAUUGCAGCCGCUUAAUGAUAUCACCAUGGGCAUACUUAAACAAAAGGAGUCAGCAGCAGCUGCAGAUACUACUGCGCCCUCCAGCUCCAGCUCCAAUGAGUUGGUGUUCUUGCAGCAGACUGCGCUCAUUGCUCUGAAACUCUUGUCGAAAAUGUUUUCUCUGCAACAUAUCGAGGAGUUUAAGGAAAUACUGACGCACCUCAUUAAGGUGCUGAAAAAACGCUCGCAGGUCUCGAAAAUUCUACUGGCAACUGUUGUUUUAACCAUUGUUGAGAUCUCUUCGAAUUUGAAGGCGCAUUCACUGGCUCUACUGCCGAAAUAUAUGCCCCAAAUAAUUGAAAUCCUGCAGGAUCAGGCGAAAUUGGUGCAGGAUCAGCCACCGGAUAAUGUAUGCAUCGCAAUUAUUACAGGUACCCAAAAGCUCUUCGAAUCGCUGCCGCUCUUCUUGGGACCCUACGUAGUUGAUGUAAUAACGGCCCUAAGUACGAUUUCUGCUAACAUCAGUGCUGAUCAAUAUGAGCGCGAUCAACGUUCCACCACCGCAUUGCAUCGCAUCUCGACGAUUUGGUCGAAAAUAGCAAGUGAUGUGCCCGUACGCAUACUCGUACCCAGUUGUGAGAAAUCCUACCGCAAGCUAAUGACCGCCCACAACUACGCCGAUAUUGGUGUAUUAAUGGAACUCUUGCCUGAGUGCAUCAACAAAACAGCCAGUGCUGAUCUGAGUGCCGUACAAAGCGAGUUGAGCGCCUUCUUUUUGCACGCCUUAGAGUUCCGCUUGCAGGUACAAGGGAAUUGUGAACGUGAACGCGUCGCCAGUACCGAAAAAGUAAUUAUCGAGGCAUUCGUUACCUGGGUACUAAAAUUAUCGGAGAGCAGUUUUCGACCAUUCUACCAAAAGGUGUAUGAGUGGGCCUUCAAACAGCAAGCGCAACGCGAAACCAUACUCACCUUCUUUUUGCUCACCAACAAAAUCGCCGAAGCACUUAAAUCGCUGUUUGUACUCUUUGCGCGUGACUUCAUGGACGACACGGCGCAAUUACUAACCGAAUACAAUACUGCAAAGACAACUAUUGACGUCGAUGUGGAGGCGCUAACUACUGACAUUGUAAAAGUCAUCUUGAACACGCUCUACACCAUAUUUCUGCACAACAGCAAAGAUUUCAUCAACAGUCAUCGCUUUGAUUUGCUCAUGCAGCCAUUGGUCGAUCAGCUGGAGAAUCGUUUGGUGCUGGAAAACGAAGAAUUACAGCAAUCGUUGCAAUCGUGUCUGGCCCAAAUGGCAGCAGCCGUGUCCAAUGAUGUAAUGUGGAAACAGCUGAACUAUCAAGUGUUGAUGAAGACGCGUACAAAUGUGCCGGAGGUGCGCAUAUUAUCCUUUAAUUGCUGUUUAGAAAUUGCGCGCAAAUUGGGCGAAGACUUUACGUCACUGCUGCCGGAAACGGUGCCUUUUGUGGCCGAACUGCUGGAAGAUGAAAAUCAGCGUGUGGAGAAAAAUACACGCAAGGCCGUGCAGGAGCUCGAGAACAUACUCGGUGAAUCGUUGCAGAGUUAUUUAUAAGUUGUGCACAAAAUAACUUUUGAACGGCGACCAUUGUGUAAUAAAAUAUUUGAUAAAAAAAGAGAUCGGGAAAAAGUUAUUAAUAUUAUAUAUAUUAGGCACUUUUUUUAAGCUAACUUCUGUCAGUUAAAGCUUAAAAUGCCAAUGUUUCAUGGCUCAAAUUAUUAAACGUCGUAACGGGAUUUGUAGAAAUUAGAAUCCAUAUUUUCACUAAAUAAAUUUCGGCUAUUCAAGUUUUAUUACUUCAUCAAUACAA